ACAAUCUGUAUAACGAAAUUUUAUUUAUAAAUUGCGAUAUCAAGUGCAUACGAGAAGAAUGGUUGUUUAAAAUCAAAUGUGUCACGUGAGAACUGAUAACAGAUAACGACGAUUGCUACUGAACUUUUCCAUUAUUUACAUUUUAGCAGAUUAUUGCUAAUUUUAUGAAUGCAUUUUUAUAUUUUAUACUUUUGAACAGUAAGAUUAACAUUUAACAUAUUUUUAUCAGAAUUACAAGUAUGAAUUAAUCCAAACUCGAUUCCCAUUAUCGCGAUUACACACGAACCACCAAUCCGUGCAGAUAAAAUCGCUGACGUCCUAUAUUUAUCGUUAUCGGCCUCUUCAUAAUUACUUGCACAUAAAUAUCCUUCAUGACACUGAAUAACAAUGUAACUCCUAUUCAAUUAUUCCAGAAAUCUUAUUUAAAGUGUCUGUAAUUAAGAUAUUCAAGUUAUUAAAAAUGCUCGAGUUUUAUUUUAAAAAUUUAGCCGUGACAUAUUAAGGAUUUGUAGUUUGCACUUCAAACCUUCGAUAAUGCCUUAUCUGAAAAUGUUUAUAUUAUUAAUUUUUUCAAUAACGAAUUGAUAAAAUAAGACAUACGAAUUCACUCCAGUAUAUAUUAAAUACGGAAAGGAAUUAGAAAUGAAGCACGAAUAUGCAAGAAAACUAGUCUCUACGACAUUAUCUCGUAUUGGAUAUCAUAUAGGAUGCUAUCCUCAAAUAUACGUUGCAGUCACCUUUAUAUUAUCACUCGUUUUAGCAACCGGCCUAUUGAAUAUUUCACUACAAAAGGAGGGAGAAUAUCUUUAUAUUCCAUCCAAUGCAAGAAGCUGGAAUGACAGAGCAGCUAUUGAAUCGAUUUUUCCAAUCAACACGUCACAGUGCGAUUAUAGAAGAACGACAAGGUUUGAAGCAUUCGCAGCAACAGUAGUUACGCCUAGAAACGGUACUUCUGCAUUAGAGGAAUCAAUAAUUGAAGAUGUCAUCAAACUUGACGAAAUUAUACGAAACGUCACUAUCCUUUGGAAUAACACAUUCCUACGUUACUCGGAUUUGUGUUGUAAGACGGAGAGGAAUACAUGCCAUGAAAAUUUUGUUUUGACUCUGAAAGGAAAAACAAAUGAUAUCAAGAAGAGAAGAUACCAAAUCAAGUAUCCAGCCGACUUAACUCGAGAUAAAGUAAUUGUUUCUGCUUUAGAAUUCGGAGGAGUGACUGUAGAUGAACAAAAUAUGAUUCGAGAUGCCAACGCGAUUAGAUUGCUUUAUCUAAUGGACCGCACCACGAAAGAAAAAAAACAAAUGGCACUGAUAUGGGAACAAAUGUGUUUAGAAACUUUGUCAAAAAUUCAAUUCAAUAAUAGUAAAAUUUCUAAAAUUUUAAGUCAGUCUGUAAAUGAUGAAAGUAACCGGAUUGGAGAAGAAACUUUGCCUCUUGUCAUCAUUGUUGCUCCAAUUAUGUUGCUAUUUUCAGCAGUUUCGUGCAUGUCAACAGAUUCUCUCAGUAGCAAACCGUGGUUGGGUUUAGCAGGAUGCGCAUCACCUUUCUUAGCAACUAUUGCAGCAUUUGGUGUACUGUGUUACUGCAAAACGGAUUACAUAUCACUAAAUGUUAUAAUUGUUUUCCUAAUAUUAGGUGUAGGUAUAGACGAUGGUUUCAUAUUGAUAGCUGCGUGGAGAAGAACUGACGUCAAUGCUUCCGUUCCACAUAGAAUGAAAGAAACAUAUGCCGAAGCUGCAGUGUCCAUCACUAUUACGUCUCUGAGCAAUUUUUUUGCUUUUUGUAUGGGAUUUGUCACACCUUACAAAUGUAUUCAUAUAUUCAGCGCCUACGCCGCUCUCUCAGUCCUGUUUGACUAUAUUUAUCAGUUAUUCUUCUUCGGGGGUCUCAUGGCAUUAGAUGGAUACAGAGAGAAGCAUAAGCUGCAUUCUAUCUUCUGCUGGCCGAUCAAACGGAAUCAUUCUACUGAAAUGAAAAUACAAGUAAAGUUACAGGAGAAGAACAAAAAAAAUCUCUUUAUGGUAUUCUUCGGUAAUAUUUUAGGUGAAAUCCUCCAAAAUAUAAUUUGUAAAGUUAUUGUAAUCGUCAUAUUUAUUCUAUAUCUUUCGGGUGCAAUAUACUGUAUGAGAUUCAUUCAAGAAGGAGAAAACGUAAUUGAACUCUCUCCGUAUACUUCUUACGCGCGUGACUAUCUAAAUGUUGAAUAUAAGCAUUUUUCUAAUUAUAGUCAUCAAGUGCAAAUAGUCAUUAACCAGACAUUAGACUACUCGAAUGUAACUGUCCAAAAUGACAUAGAAGAUCUCCUGCAAAGUUUCGAGUCUGCUUCAUUUAUAUCCGAUUCGUCGACCACAGAAAGUUGGCUGAGAGAAUUUCUGGCAUUUACUAAAUCUCCAGUUGCAGAGUUUUCGCUUUCUGGUUACAAUCUGAGUGAUUCCGAAGAUUUUAUUAGUGCUUUUAAAAAUGUUUUCUUGAAAACUAAAGUAGCAAACAGACUCAGAAAUGACGUCAUCUUUAACGAAAAAAGUGAUAAAAUUACUGCAUCCAGAUUCAUCUUGUCGAGUUUCGAUGGAGAAUCUCGAAUUGACGAAAAGUUUUUCUUUGAAAAUGUAAGAAAAAUUGCCGAUAAAAGCAAAAUUCCUGUUAUCGCAUACAAUUUUAGAUUUAUAUAUUAUGAACUGUAUAUUAAUGUCCUUUCAAAUUGCUUAAAAGCCAUCUCUUGUGCGGCCGCCAUAGUGAUUGCAGUAUUUUUUUUAUUUACCCCAAAUAUAUUAUUUCUUUUGUCUGUUGCCAUUACUAUUGUAUCUAUUCAGGUCGGAUUGAUUGGAUACAUGUCAUUAUGGAAUGUGACUGUGAAUACAACUGCAUUAGUAUCGUUAGUAAUGUGUACGGGCUUUUGUGUAGAUUACACAGUUCAUACGGCUUACGCGUUUAUCAAUUGUAAAACGAAAACACCGAACGAGAAAAUCAAGAGUUGUUUAUAUGCUGCUGGAUUCCCAGUAACACAAGGAUGUAUAUCAACGUUAUUGGGUGUUUCGGUGUUAUACUUUGGUCCUGCGGAAUCGUUUGUCGUAUUUUCUAAAAUUGUAACGUUAAUGGUAAUUUUUGCUUCUUUUCAUAGUCUGAUUUUACUCCCUGUAAUCCUUAGUCUGGUAGAUUAUAUUCCGUUUAAUUUUUUGAAAAAGAAAAACCAAAAAAUUGAAUACACUGAAAAUUAUAGGGAAGAAAUUGAAUGUUUAAAUUCUAAAAAUAUAUGAUGUUUUUAAAGUUGAUAAUUUUUAUUUAUAUCUUAGAUUCUAUUUUACUUGUAAAAUGUAAAUUUUGGGCAUUUCGAACGAAAGAGUAUUUGCAUAAUUUUUGUGUUUGAUUGUAUUCAUUUCUACUAUGUAAGUUAUUCUCUAAAACACU